ACACAUAGAAGUUGGGUUAUGGGUACGGUUUUGACAAUUCAUCAUAAAUAUUUCAAUCCUUCAGCUCCCACACUUUGAACUGAACGAGCUGACAGUCCAAUGAAAUUAUUUCUCUGAAUAUCACGGAUAAGGAUUUCUAUUCCAAACAGAUUUAUGGGAGUUUGAAACUUGUCUUUACUGUGGACAAAGUGACUGUUUCAACUCUUUCAUGAGUGGGAUAGUUUUCUAAACGGAUACAGCUUUCUGUGAGACUGAUCUAUGAGUAGCAAAGGAUAUUAGACUAUGGACUUGACACUUCUGUGAGAGAAUUUAUGCAGUAGCUUUUAAAGAGAGCAAAGUAUUACAGACUGCAACUAUGUCGGAGCUACCUAAUGAAAAUGACCUCCCAAACGGCACACAUAACGUAAACGUCGACAUGGAAUCAGACGAAUUCCGUGACUUCAUGAAUCCGGACGAACUCAGCGACGUCAUUCUGGUCGUCGAGAAAAAGAAGCUGUACGUCCACCGACAAUACUUGGCAGAAUGGUCGUCCGUUUGGCGCACGAUGUUUCUGACCAACUUCGCGAAUAGGAACCAGACGGAAAUAAUGCUGCCUGGGAAGAGGUUGGAGGACAUAUUGGAUUUGUUGCGAUGUAUUUAUCCGAUGCAAAGUGCAGUCACAGAUGAAAACGUCAACACCCUCCUAUCGCUCGCUGACGAAUACAUGAUGGAACGAAUAAUGACGAAAUGCGAGGAUUUCCUCUUGGAGAAGGACCCCACCAUGGAGACCCUCGUGACCGCCCAGCGCUACAACCUCAAACGCCUCUUCAAAUCAUGUGUAGAUUACGCCAAAAACUGUUGCCUAGAAGACGUUGAAAAGUGCCCCGAAUUCACCGAUUUAGAACCGCAUACAAUUCUAAUGAUCUACAAAUCGAAACUGGACUCGUUACGGGAAUAUGCCUACGCCAUGCAGGGGAAGGAAAAGAAUACCCGUUCGGAGCAUGAAGCGUUAAAAUUACAGCAUGAGAAAACACUGCUGUAUACGCGGACGAUUGAAGGAUUAUGGGAAUCACCGAGUAAGAGAUGUUACCGGCAUAUCACGAAUGACAAGUUUGAUUUUUCUUGUACGGAGUGUAAUGAGAAGGUUCAGAGGCAAGUUCGUAGACUGUGUAGUGAGACGAUCGGCAUGAGAAAGGUCUAUUUGAACCAUAGUAACUGUAAUUCGGUUGUCUCGACUCCCAGAGACAGGAAGAUAUGAACACUGGAUUGCUUUUUGGGUGUAUGAUGGAUCAGUUUUGACUUGAGCUGGAAACCUGCGAUCGCUGCACGGAUGGAAUAACUUACAUCUGUUGAAUGAAUGGAUUAGUUUCUACUGGAGCUGAAGGUUUCUUGAACCUUAGUAACCAAAAUUUGGUGACGUCUCCUAAUGACAGGAAAAUAUGAACAUUUUUUUUUUUUUUUUUAUUUAUUUUUUUUUUAUAUAAUUUUUAAAUAUGAACAUGCAAUUGCUGCAUGGACAGAAUAUGUGCUUUGACUACUGAUAGUGAUAGGAUACCGUAUUCUUUUAUAGUCAUAGUGUGCCAAUGCUAGAAUUUGAUAGGGUGCUUGACAAGUAGAGUAGCACUAGCUAUUCAACAUGCAUGUUUAACCUCUUUGACAAAGACCAGGACAGUUUUCAGAGAAUUCCAUUCUUCGAGCAAGUGUGAGCAAGACUACAUGAUCUAUUGCAAAAUAACAGUCAACACUUACAUCUCGGACUCUGUUCUUGAUCUCAUUAUUUGGCGUAUCCACCACAACUUUGCUGAAUUCUUUGCUCAUUUCGUCAAUCUUGCUGUCUGCAAAACAACAAAACGAUCACUUUGGACCCCGUUGGAACUGAGAAAUGCUGUCCUUGUGAUGUAUCCUGACUGAGUAGAAGUGAUCAGUUUGGGACCAAAACCAGUGCGCUAAAUAGAGAGGAUAUCCUGCAUAUCGCAGUGUCCGGCAAGGGAGAUUCCACUGAAAUGACAACACUUCUACUUGUAUAAGCCCAAAUCACUUUCACUUUUGCUAAAAUGGUUGGCAAAUAGCACAUUUAUUGGCCAAUACCACUUUCACUUUCACUUUAAUGUCAGAGUG